AUGGAGAAUUAUAUCAACAUCCAGUUUGCUCGAGAUUAUAACCUCCAGCACCAGAGCAUCACACCCAGACCAGUUUUUAAUGUUGAUGGAUCACCAAACAAAGCUGCAUCCAUUAAACACAAAGUCUUCUUCACCAUAUCUUUAUCUGGACAGCCAAUGAAGAUAGAAGCUUAUGCCACCGUAUUGGAUAGGAAUCCAAUCAUUCUAGCAAUCAACUGGAUCACUGAGAAAAUGCGCGUUGGUUGGGAUCAGCUUCUGCAGGCAAUCAAAACCCUUGCCAGCAACAUUCCAGAAUACCUAGAAAAAUUCCUCUCCGUAUUCAACAAAAGCACAGCAGAACGGUUACCAGAACGGAAACCCUGGGAUGAUGCAAUCGAUCUGGAAGCAAACUUUAAACCCCAGCGAGGAAAAGUCUAUCCGCUAUCACCAGCCAAACUCAAGGAGUUGGAUACCUUUAUUGAGGAAAACUUAUGGAAAGGCUACAUUUGUCCAUCAAAGUCUCCUAUGGCAUCUCCAUUUUUCUCUGUCAAUAAGAAAUCUGGAGAUCUCUGA